AAAUGUUUUUUUGUUUGUUUGUUUUUUAGUUUCCUUCUAUCAUAGUAUUCAUCAGCACAGCAGCAUGUGUAGCACAUGGGAAAGUUUCCACUUCAAGACGUUCGAUGGGGACAUUUAUCAGUACCCAGGCUUGUGCGAGUAUAACCUGGUGUCGGACUGCACAUCAAAACAGUUUUCGGUUGAUGUGAAAAGAACCCAAACCAGCAGUGGCCCAAAGAUCAGCAGGAUCGUGGUUAGCAUCAAUGGCAAAAUGUUUUCAAUCAGCGAAAACAACGUCAUGAUCGAUGAUCAAAUUACAAAGCUGCCCGUGUAUGAAUCAGGGAUCCUUAUAGAAGAGAACACAAUCUACACCAAUAUCCGAUCCAAAACAGGCCUGACCGUCAUGUGGAGCAAAGAUGGGGCAGUCACGGUCGAGCUGGACAAUAAAUAUCAAAAUAAAACCUGUGGAUUGUGUGGUAAUUUCAACAGGAUUCGUGAUGAGUUUAUAACAGGAAACACAGAAAAAAUAGGCUACAUUGAAUUUGGGAAUAAGCACAAAGUUUUCAACCCAAUGGAAUUUUGUGAAAAUCCUUCUGAGACAGAUGAAAAGAACAACUGGAAAGCUAUUUGCGGAAGUUAUCAAGCAGAUUGUGAAGAGCUUUUCAGGGCUAAAGCCUGGUCCUCUUGUGCCAUGAGCUAUCAUCCAUAUGUAGAUGCAUGUGUGUAUGAUAGAUGCUUCAGCAAGUCCUCUUCACUCUGUGCGACUCUGUCUGAAUAUUCACGCCAGUGUUCACGUAAUGGAGGAACUCCAUCAACCUGGAGAACAAAAGACUUUUGUGCUGUGACAUGCCCUUAUAAUACGGUACAUUUUGAGAGCGGCUCUCCCUGCAUAGACACAUGCUCGAGUGAAAACACAAACACCCAGUGUGAGGAGCACAAUAUCGAUGGCUGCUUCUGCCCACCAGGAACUGUGUUUGAUGACAUCUUAAACAUGGGAUGCAUCCCACGGGAACAAUGUCACUGCAAGCACGACCGCAUCUACAAACCACAAGAAGAACUACAUGAAGUAGGGCAAGACUGUGUGUGUCAGAAUGGAAAAUGGAACUGUAAAAUAAAACCUGUUCUCGGCCGGUGCUCAGUAGAGGAAGGAUCUCACUUCACCACCUUCGAUGGGCAGGAAUUCACUUUCCAUGGAGACUGUACCUAUGUGCUCUCAAAAGACUCUGUAGGGUCAAAGUUCAUCAUAUUGGGUCAGAUUUCACCUUGUGCCUCCCUUAUUUAUGACACCUGCUUAAAAUCCAUAGAUGUGAUAUUUAACAGUGACACUGUCAAUCGCCUGGUGAUUUCUGAAGAUGGGACAGUAAAACACAAUGCAGCAGUUUUACUUCCAUACACUCCAGCUUCACGUCAAUUCGUUGUGUUCAGUCCAUCAUCGUUCUACAUCCUGAUUGAUACAAACUUUGGGCUGCGAGUGUUGGUACAGCUGGUGCCUCUCAUGCAGGUGUACAUCACCAUGGAUAAGAGAUUCCAGGGCAAGACUCAUGGUCUCUGUGGAAACUUUAACAAGGUGUUGGCUGAUGAUAUGAAGACCCCUCAAGGAUUGGUGGAGGGUACAGCGGUUUCCUUCGCAAACGCCUGGGAGGUUGAAACAAACUGUCGUUCUGAUAAAUCCGUCAUCCCCUGUUCCCACAACAGUGUCAGUGAGAACUAUGCUGAGCACUGGUGCUACAAGAUAAUGGACAAGAGUGACGUUUUUGCCCAAUGCCACAGCAAAGUCAACCCAGAAAGCUACUACAAAAGAUGCAAAUACGCCAGCUGUACCUGUGAGAGGAGUGAGGACUGUCUGUGUGCUGUGUUUUCCUCAUAUGUCCAUGCCUGUAUGAUUAAAAAUGUAACACUUGAAGGAUGGAGAGAAAACGUGUGUGGCAAGUAUAUACAGAACUGCCCAGCACCACAGAGAUACUUCUAUUACCUGAAGAGCUGCCAGCCUACCUGUCUUUCUCUUUCCUCUGAGCACACAAGCUGCAAAGAAGACUUUGUCCCUGUUGAUGGAUGUGCGUGUCCAGAUGGACUCUACAAGGAUCAGGAUGGACAGUGUGUACCAAUUGAAAAAUGUCCAUGUUACGGCAUGGGAAAGAUAGCCCAACCUGGCACAUCUAUCGACAUUAAUGGUCAAUACUGGUAAGUGAUUGCGAAAUAGUUUUAAGCAUUUAAAUGUGUUUGAAAUGUACACUUUGCAAACAAAAUCUAAUUCUUUAAAUCUUGCUCUAGUGUUUGUGUGAAUGGGGUGUUACACUGCGAGUCUGAGAAACCC